GAAGCACCUCUUACAGCAUCAUGUAACGUUGCGUCCGCUGCGAGGCCAGUUGGUGCAGGUCUUUCAAUGUCAGCUUACCAUUCGCCUCGGGGCGAAUCGUUUCUUCUUCACCUUGUGGUGGCCUGCUCUGGGCUUUUGAGGCCAAUCACCUCAUCUUCGACAAGCAUUGCGAUUUCGUGAGUCUUAAGUUUGGAGUCGAAGUCACGAUGCGAGUUACAAGGCCGGAGUUAAGGUUUUAGCGUCGGAUUCAGUCUUGAUCUUCUGAAGCUCAAGGACACCAUCGUCACUCCAGCAACACUCUACAGCUUUGUCGAUAGCUGCGCAUUUUAGGUACCGCGGCGCAUCCUUAUUACAGCCAUGCGUAUACGGUGAAAGCAAAAAUCGACACGACAGUCUCCGACAUGUCGUUCCUAGGUCCCAAGGCGCGCGAUCUGUGGUGGGCCAGCAAAACCUUCGCGAAAGGUGCCUUCAUAUUCCACAUCAUCACCACACACAUCGGCUCCAUCGGGCAUACCAGCGGCGUCAGUAUGGUGCCCACAAUCCCGCACUCCUUCAACAAGCGCCCCUGGAUCCUAUACUCCUGUUUGCACCGCCGGGGCCGCAACAUCAAAGUUGGAGACGUAAUAACCUACACACAUCCCCUUUUCCCCCACCAACGCGGCUGCAAGCGCGUCAUCGGCAUGCCGGGCGACUUCGUCAGUGUGAUGAGCGCCGCGCGCGAAGACGGGGAUCUGGAGAAGGAGGGGGCAGAGGGAGAUUGGGCGAAUGCAAAAGAGAGGUUUAUACAGGUGCCCGAGGGGCAUUGUUGGAUUGCGGGGGAUAAUUUGGAGUGGAGUAGGGAUUCGCGGUUGUUUGGGCCGCUGCCGCUGAGCUUGGUGAAGGCGAAGGUGUUGGCGGUGAUAAGUCCGUGGGAGAGCGCUAAGUGGUUGGGCCACGAACAAGACGUUGUUGAGUAUCAGGGGAUGGAGAGGCAGUGGGUGAAUGGGACUUGAAAGUCUACCUGCUAUGGACGGCGGUCGAGGAGAUGUAUAUCGUAUUGACCCCAACUUGAGUGGUGCUCAUGCGUUUGGAUGGACACACUGGUAAACAGAGUGCAGAUUCAAAAGCUACACGGGCAAUCUAGCAACCGCUGACGUACGAUUAUAACUAACAUCGUCAGCAACGACAGCUCAAAAGUAUGGCCAAACAACAGAGGAUAGCCACCCACUUAUCUACUGAUCCGCCGGCAUGU